GAAACACAUAAGUUACUAUGUAAUUAGCAAAGUGAAUCCACCCUUUGAUUGUUCAUCUUUCUGUAUUAUAUGGUGUCACACUUUCUAUCGUUUAAUUAUAACUUUGCUGUUUUAUUUUAGAUGUUAUUACUAUUAUUACUACAAUUUUAAACUUUAUGCAUAUUUUUCUCUCUAUCGUUCUUCUUUAUCAUAUCUAUACUUUUCUCCAUAUUGCACACAGUAAUUUGCUAUGUAGCUGCUAUAACAACGUUUUGUUAUUAUUAUUGUUAUGUAGUGUUUAUCUUUACUUUUUUUGUUGUUGUCAUUUUUGAGUAAAUUAGAUGCAAUAUUGUAGUGAAUGCUGAAAAUUCCUUGCUUUAUCGUUACUACUGUUUUUGGAAUAAAGCAAAUUAUGAUUAUUACGAUUUACUGAAUGACGAAGUUUCUCCGAAUAAAAUUUAUUUAUUGUUCAUAUUCAUAUCGUCAAUUAUAAUCGAACGAUUUCGAAACUUGAGUUUUAUGGUUUUCUUUGUUCUCUCCUAAACUUCAAUCUUUGAUCUAUCUAGUUUGCAAAUUAUCUAUUCUUCAUUCUGGAGUCUGAUCAAAAUAUGAUAUCCUCUGUAUGCUUAAUAAUUAAUUAUUAGGGAUGAAAGAUCAACCACUUAACAAUAAAACACAAAUAUCUCGAAUAAUAUUCUAAUUUUUUUUUAAAUGUACUCAAGUUUUUUAUUAAAAUAUCCUGUAUAUAUAAAUAUACAUAGAGAAAUGUACUAAACUGAGUUAGAUAUCAGUCCUUGUAAACCCAUGCAUCGAAACACCUUGUCUCCUAUUACUACCCUGCUUCUUAUUCCCUUUAUAACAUUAAGCUAUGCAUUAAUUCCAAAACCAUAUGAAUAUAAUCAAACGACAACAUUGUGUAGUAUUGGUGAAACACUUGAAUUUACGCAUGAAUAUCAUUCAUGUUUUAUACUUAAAGAAGCAUUGAAACGAUUCGAUGAACACUUGUCACUUAGAAAUACACCAUUAUUAUCAAAUGAUACAUCCACGUGUCUUAUAAGCUCUCUUACAGUAAAUAUAGAACAAUCGUGUGAUGAAAGUGAGAAUAAACUUUGGCCAUCUGAUAUGAUGGAUGAAUCAUAUACAUUAAAAAUUGCCGAAGGCGGUAUAGAAAUAUCUUCACAAGAGAUAUGGGGUGUAUUACACGCCUUAGAAACUAUCCUACAAUUGACUUAUAGAAGUGAAUGGGAUUCGAAGGUGAUUUAUCAAGGUGAUAUAAGUGAUGUCCCAGUAUAUUUACAUCGUGGAAUUAUGAUUGACACAGCUAGACAUUUUCUAAGUGUCUCUGAGAUUGAAAAAAUCAUCGAUGCAAUGUCCAUGGUUAAAAUGAAUGUUCUACAUUGGCAUGUUACGGAUGAUGAAUCAUUCCCGUUUGUAGUGUCAGCUUACCCACAACUAUCGGCACAGGGUGCUUAUAAUCCUCAAUUGAUGGUCUAUCAACGUAAUGAAGUGUCAUCUUUAUUAGAGUAUGCACGUUUACGGGGUGUACGUGUUAUGGCGGAAUUUGAGACUCCAGCUCACACACAGUCAUGGGGCAGCAUUUCUAACACGUUCCUUACCCAGUGUUACAAGGACGGGCAACCAGAGGAUAGAUAUGGUCCAGUCAAUCCAAGUGAUGAAGAAACUUUCACAGCUCUAUCAAAUAUCUUUAAUGAAGUUCUCGGUGUAUUCCCUGAUACCCUACUUCAUUUCGGUGGUAGCGAGGUAACAUUUGACUGUUGGCAAUCUAAUCCAACUAUUCAAGAAUUCAUGCAAACACAAACCCUUGGCGAUGAUUACAAUUCACUCGAAGAUUAUUAUUUCCGAAAACUUAUGGAAACUGUUCUUGGAGCAAAUUCAUCAGAAUGGACAGUUUCACCAGUCAUUUGGGAGGAUGUAUUUGAUAAUGGAUACCGUGGUGAACCAGCGACUGUAGUACACGUACAUCAACCUGAAUACAAGUCAGUUGUAGAAGAGGCCACAAAAGCUGGAUACAGAGUAAUCUCUAGCUCCUGUUGGAAACUGAAUGAAAAGAAGCUUGGUGAUGAUUGGAGAAAAUAUUAUGAAUGUGAUUUCAGUACAUUUGAUGCUACUGAUGAUCAGCUAGCCUUACUAAUUGGUGGUGAAGCUUUACUAUGGGGUUUCUAUGUGGAUGAUGCAAAUCUAUUUCCAGCAACUUGGCCACUAGCUGCAACCGUAGCUGAACGACUUUGGUCUACAGAACCUCCAGAAACUGAAGUAUUCGCACAAGAACUUGAUGAACUUCGUUGUCGAAUGUUAAGACGUGGUUGGAGUGCUCAAGCGAUAACUGGACCUGGAUUCUGUUUCCCAUAGUCAGUGCGAUGACACACACUCACACAUAUCAAUUAGAUACUAACUUCCUGUGAAAUAAAAAAAUAAUUAAAUUUGUUACUUAUUCCCAUCUGGUUUUAUUCUGCUCUUGCAUAUUCUUAUUCAUAUUAUGCGAUAUAAAUUCAGAAUUCUUGAUAGUUAAAAAAUAGAUAUUACGUUAUGUGUGAAGUCUGUCUCCAGAAUAGAUGAUAAGGUCCCUAAUUGUAUGGAUACAACUUUGGAAACAAUUACAUGCACACAUA